AUGCAGCCUACACAUGCCGAUAUCGCCGCCGCGGUCGAGAGGCGUCUUCAGCAAGAGCGACUGGCAGCAGAAGCCGCCGCCUCCGUUUCGGGGCAUGGAGCGGCCUUUGAUGCUGACCAUGAGCGGCGACAAGAGUUCCGGCGAUUAAUCGACCCAGGCAUCCUGCGCCCGAACGCGCGCGAGCUCGCGCUCGAGUCGCUGCAAAUCUUGAAGACACUUGCAGAGAACAUAUUGGAGCAUCCUGGCGAGGCGAAGUAUCAGCGGUUCAAGCCGACAAACGCAAAGAUUAAGAGACUACUGGUUCAGCCUAAGGGUACGCUAGAAUACGCUGUUGAGAACUUUCAGCCAUUCUAUGUUUUCCAUAAGCAGCACAUGAGCGAUGUGAAGAUCGCUCUUGCUAUCAUCAACGAGACAUUAGAACGUGAGAUAGAUAAGAAGGAGCGCGAAGAGCGAGCGAAGCGAGAGGUGAAGGGGGCUGAAGCGGCGGCGAAGGAGAAGGUACGCCUCCUGUUUCAGUGGCGUACCCGCAUUGGCUUCGGGUGCAGUGCCCCACUCAUAGUGAUUCGCUUACAGCUUAAGAGACAAUUUCUUGACGACCGUAAGUCUCAAGCUCUUCGGCAACAACGGGAACGUGAGGCUCGCGAGGCCAUCGCGUCAGUGCAGAGGACGUCCCCGUCGUCCCAGCCCGACUCAGGCCAGAGCACAAGGCGAACGUCCAGGAUGGGCAGUGUUGGUCAGACGUUAGACGGACAAGUCGUAUAUGAUGAGCGUGGAUUGGAUCAUGACGUGCCACCUCCAUACGAUGGUUCGUAUGACGAUGACGAUUAG